UGAACUGAAAGCAGGAAGAAAUGAGUCAAUCGCCAUAUUAAGAAAGGGGAAGACAUCAAGAGACAACUAAAAGAUUGUUCAAGUACAUAGUGAAGUUGACAUAAUAACGGCCACUCGAUAUUAACCAACAGAAAAAUAAGAUGGAUCUGUUUGAAAUGAUAAAGAUUGAACAACAGCAAGCUGACACAAUAUAUUUUAGGAUCUGCAAUGAACUACAACAAGCUGAAAAGGAUGGAAAUAUACAGGAAGCCAUAGAAAGAUUAUCAUUACAAGAUAAGAUGGAAGCUUUAUCUAUAGCUGCUUAUAGUGGGUUUUAUAAAGUUAUGGUUUGUCUGUUAGAACACGGGGUUGUUGAUGUACAUUAUGUUGUAAAUCAUGAUGAUGGUUGUCAGAAUAGCUUGUUGCACAUACUUGUUUCUAACUAUGAAAGAUAUGAGAAACCAGAUAGACGUGAUUUGUUAAUACAAUGUCUAGUUAAAUUAGUUGAUCUUUGUGUAGAUGUCAACCAUGUGAAUGAUAAGAAACAUACACCUAUAUUUCUAGCUGCUAGAGAAGGGUUGUAUGAAGUUGUGAUAUAUAUGUUACAACAUGGAGUAGAUGUACAUUAUGUUGAUAGGUAUAAAGACAACCUGAUACAUCAACUUUUAGCUAGCUAUAAUUAUCACGAACAACCAGAUAGACGUGAUUUGGUAUUACAAUGUGUAAUAAAAUUAGUUGAUCUUGGUGUAGAUGUCAACCAGGAGAAUGAUGAUAAACAUACACCUAUAUUUAUAGCUGCUGAACAAGGGUUGUAUGAAGUUGUAAUAUAUUUGUUGAAACACGGAGUAGAUGUACAUUAUGUUGAUAGAUUUAAACGCAACAUUCUUCACUAUGUUUUAGGUCGUUGGUAUUUCUAUGUUAAAUUUGAAGAGAAAUAUAUACAACUCGUUAAUACUUUAAUAAACACAGAAUUAGAUAUAAACCAACCUGACUGUGAAGGUAAUACCCCGUUGUUCUAUGUUGGUAUUAAUCUGAGUAAGGUGCGCAGAAUAAUAUUGAAAUUAAAGACAGGAUAUGACCUCUAUGUUCCAUUAAAAUGUAAAUUCAUUAACAUGUUAUUAGAUGCUGGUUGUAAUGUGAACCAUCAAAACAAACUGGGAAGAACGGCUUUAAUGUACCAUAUACAAGUCCACACUGAUAUCAGUAUAUUAAAACUGUUAUUUCCACAUUCUGAUCUAAGUUUAACUGAUACUAAUGGUAAUACAGCAAUUAGUUAUUGUGUUCAAUAUCACAUGAUCAAUUCAACAUCCGUCUUUAAACUUUUAGUAGAUUCAGGUUCAGAUCUGAUGUCAGGUAACAACGGAGUUAAGUUAUUCCAUGAUAUUUUAAAAUGUAAUAGGUUGUUGGUGUUCAGUUAUUACAUCGGGCGUAAGUUGAUUGUUAAUGGUGUUACAGCUGAAGGAGAAAAUAUGCUUCAUCUUUUAGCUGGUGUUAACUAUGAUUAUUCUGUAAGCAAGUUUAACUGGUUGUUAAAUAAUGAGAUAGAUAUCAUUAUCAACCAUCCCUGUUCUAAAACCAACACACCUACUAUGAAAGCUGCCUUUUUAUUAAACAGUAAAUAUUUAAAACUGUUGACACAUCAUCCUAGACUAGAGAUCAAUACACAAAAUAACCAGGGUCAUACGGCUCUACAUCUGUGUAUCAUUGGAUUUACUAUGUUUAAAGAUGGUUUGAACAAGAGACAGGUAAAUGAUGUUGUUAAGAAUUAUUGUAGACAGAUAUAUCCAAAAUACAUGACUUGUAUUGAUAUUUUACUUGGUGUUGAUGGAAUAGAUGUAAAUAUUCCAGAUAAUGGGGGUAGAACUAGUUUAAUGAUGGCAGCAAUGAAAAACGACAGAGUUCUUACAAGGAAACUACUUCAAGCUGGUGCCAUAGUUACCAUGUUAGACUAUUCAGGAAGAUCUGCUCUACAAUAUCUAAAUAUUUAUCAGAGUGUGUUUGAUUUGACUUGUUUUAAAUUACUUCUAUCUAAUGGUAAUACUGGUCUUCUCAAUUUACCCUGUAUCGAUGGUAACACGAUUAUUCAAACAACCCUGUGUUUUCCUUUCUUCUGGGAACCAUGCCGCGUUGUUCGUUUUAUUAGAUAUUUGGUUGCUGAAAACUGUUGUGUUCAGACUCUCAUUACGUCUUCAUUUGAAAGUAGCUAUAAUCAAAUUGAUCUUACUGAACUAAGUGGUUCAGAUAGAGAUAAUCUGAGAAAACUGUUAUAUCUUAGUGGUGCCCAAGGGGAAGAAAUUAUGACAACUUUGAAUUUUGAUGAGGAAGAUCACACUAGCCAUUCACAAGGCAGGGAAAAAUUCAUUAGUUUCUGUAGUAAUAUAUCUCUCAAGUCCCUGUGUAGAAGAUUCAUCAGACAGAAUCUUGGAUUGGGAAUAAAGGAGAAGGUUAAGGAUCUAGAAUUACCUCGUGAAUUAAAGGAUUGUCUUCUGCUAAAAGAUAUUCUUCGUCCUAAAGAUUACAACAUAGAUAAUAUUGAUGAUGGUUGUAAUGAUUUUGAUGAUGAUGAUGAUUAUGAUGGUUAUGAUAUAGAUAAAGAUAGAGAUGAUGAUUAUAGUCAAUAUAACUACCAGUAUUUUACUCACAAUACGGAUCAUGAACUAAGACAAGAUUUCCUAAAAACCUGGAUAUUUCCUAAUGGUGAUAAACAGAACGAUGAUGAUUAUGGUGUUAUCUCCUUUACUGAUUUAUAUGCUGCAGGUUUUGGUACAGAUAUCCUAGACAUGGCCGCAUAUUUUAUGAAAUUAUAGAGGAGUUCAAACAUAAAUCGGGAUGAAAAUGUGAUGAAUAAUUUCUCAAGUUGCCAGCUCUGAGCAUAAGCUGCUGAGGUGAUGAAGUGAUCAUUCUCAGAUCUGGGUUACAUCAAAGACCGGGCAUUUUUGAACCAAGGGGAAAUAUCCUCAGCCUGAAAAUAGGACUCAAGUUUUGGGAGACGCUGACAGAGUACGGCGGGCGAAGGCAUACGCCACGUGCGCAUUUAGCGGAGGUCUUGGUGCCUCCCCCGGAAGAUUUUUUAAAAUUAGGAUGCCUCAAAAUGCAUUGUACAUCGGCAUGUUCGGAAAUAUAGGCUACAUUUCCCGGGCUGAAAAUAAGACUUGAAAUUUUAUCGAUGCAUUUUUCGGGGGGGGGGGGACGAGGCAUAUGAAAUCCCCCCCCCCCCCCCAGUAAAAAUCCAGGGGGCGUCCCCAUCCCCCCGGGAUCUGCGGCCAUGGUCCUAGCUGUACCUUGUGAUAUUUCCCAAUGGUGAUGAUACCCCCCAAAUCCUCAAUUACAUUAUGCCCCUUGUCCCUUUAUACAUUCUGGGACAUUAUUACUUUAUUCCCAACAGAGAAAAGAAAGAACCUCAAUUGGAUCCAGCCAAAUACUAGCUCAUUGAAUCUUGAUAUAUAAAAAUAUACUUUGUUAUAUAAUAAAGGACAUGUUGAAUGUUCUUUUUGAGAUUUUAUAACAUUUUAUAUAAUAUAUUGAUAAAUCAGUAUUAAGUUAAUUGUAUAUUUAUGUGUCAUAACAGGUCAAGUAAAUUUAGUAUAAACAUUGUAUGUUUAAUGUAUCAAGGACCAAAUCAUUAGUUACAUUCCAAAUAAUCGGCCCACGCCCCAGGUCGUUUUUAAAUCGUACUUAAACUCUUUCAAAGCCUGUAACAUAACGUUCCGCCAGUGCCAAUAAAUUCACAAAUUCUAUGCUUCAUUUUAAAACUGAUAAUAAAUUUUCGAUUUAAUUUAUAUAGGCACAUAUUUUAUAUUUUAUAUACGCACAUAUUUGAUGUUUACAUAUGUUACCAUUACUAAAUAAUAAUUUAUUUUAGCUACUGUUUUAUGUAAAAUUAUUGUGUUACGAUAUAAAUAUUAUUAUAUUCUUGUA